AUGACGGCGGCCACGUCGGUGAUCACGGACGACUGUCACAAGGAAAACACUGCUCCGGGGAAGGGGUCGAGCGGUGCCAGCGCACCCGCCGUGGAGGCCGUGUGCAAGGACCUGGCCGAGCAGCACCUCGAGGUCACGCGCCUCCCAGCGGCCGAGCAGGGCGGACGCUCGGGCCUGGGAGUGUCGGCGGUCUUCGAGCAGCUGUGCCUGGAGGCCGAGCACGAGGGCCUCUCCAAGCGGCUCUCGGGCAGCCCCUUCUCGGACGGGGCCGCCCGGUGGCCCGCGGAGCGCUUCCAGUUCCCCGCCUGGGGCCUCUCUGGGGAAGAGGUGGCGCUGGCAGAGUUCCAGGCGGCCGACGGCGAACUCUUCGAGGGCUUCGCGGGGGCCACCGAGCGCGGCGGCCCUGGGCCGCCCUUCUUCGAGCCCUGGGAACGGCUGGCCCUGACCCUCCGGAUGCUCGAGAGGGCGGUGGCGAGGCAGGCCGCGGCGGUGGCCGCGGCCCCCGCCCGGCCGCGCGGCGCCGUGCCGGCGCUGUCCUGCUGGCGCUGUCCGGAGGUCGGGGCGGACGGGCAGACGCCCCUGGUGCAGGGGCUGCUCCAGAGCGGGUGGCUGGAGAGCGUGCUGCCACUGCACGAGGCCGCGGCGCCUCUGGGCUGGCGCACGCUGGCCGAGAGGUGGUGCCUGCGGGGGCCGCUCCGGGAGGCUGGGAUCGAUGACAUUCACAGGGAGUUCGGCGACGAUGUGGCGUACUACUUCGUCUUCAUGCGGACCUUUACUGUUUGGCUGCUGCCGCUUGCUGUCCUUGGGCCGGUUGCCUGCUGUACCACAUGGCUCCUGGGCGACAGCGUAGAUGAUUCCUUGGCGAUGCCAUUCUACGCGCUGCUGGUGGUGCUCUGGGCGUCGCUGUUCCCUCGCCUCACCGAGCGCGCGGACUCGCACUUUGCCUGCCGCUGGGGCCGCUGGCAUCUGUUCGCGGAUCGGGUCGGGAUCUCGGUGCACGAGUCCCCCCUGCGACCGACCUUCAGAGCCGAGAUUAACCCGCUCACGGGCGAGGUGGAGUACAGCUUCCCCAGGUGGCGCCGCUGGCCCCUCUAUGCAAGGAGCGCGGCCGUCACGUCGAUCAUGUUGUGUGUGGCUUUUGCGGUCAUGGUCUGCUCCCUGAACCUGCAGGGCGCCGUCCAGGGACCAGACGACGCAAGGGCCCAGGGCUUCGAGAAGUCGGGCUCCCGCUUCCACGUGCCGUGCUUGGCAGCCUGGGCUCGCCCCGGUCAGAUACUCGAUCCGACAGGCGAGGGCGACCCCUUGUUCUUCGGGUACAUCACACUGAUCCCAGUCGUCCUGCACGUCAUCGGCAUCGCUGUCUUGAACGCGAUCUACAGACGCGUCGCCACGGCCCUCACCGAGGGCGAAAAUCACAGGACGGAGGCCGACUUUCACAAUGCACUCGUGAUCAAGCGAUUCCUCUUCGAGGCUUUCGACGCCUACAUCGCUCUCUUCUACAUCGCGUUCUAUGAGAGAGAUCCGGUCAGCCUGCAGUGGACAUUGAGGUCCCUCUACACGGCUGAUGUGGUACGUCGGGUUCUGCUGGAGACUGUAUUGCCCCUCGUCGGCCUGCAGGUAGGAAGCUGGCGCCGGAUCCGCAGCUCCGCCCGCCGCAAGAAGGACGAGGACGGUGCCUUUCCGAGCCGUGGCGCUGCGGAGCGAUGGGAGCUCGAGGCGGCCAGGGGGGAGCUCGAGGACUUUGGGGACUACCUGGAGAUGGUCAUCGAGUUCGGCUACGUGACCCUCUUCGCCUCGGCCUUCCCACUGGCGGCCUGCCUCUCCGUCUGCGCCAACGUCGUCGAGGUGCACAGCGACGCGGUGCGCCUCCGACACGCCCUCCGGCGCCCGCCGCCCAUGGCGGCUGGCGGAAUGCCGCCGGCGUGGCGGACGGUGAUCCGGAGCAUCUGCUGGCUGUCGGUGCUCACCAACGUGCUGCUGUUCGGGUUUUCGUCCCAGCAGAUGAUGCAGUUCUUCCCCAGCUUCUUCAAGGAGCUGGACGCAGACGAACAUAAGGUGAGGCAGCAGGGCGUCUGGGUGCUCUUCGGCCUGGAGAACGUCCUGCUGGCUAUGUGCACCGGGCUGUCCCUGGCUGUGCGCCGGGAGCCCAAGUGGGUCUGGAGGGCUCUCCGCGGCCGGGAGCUCCGGGUGCGGCGCGCGCUCGUGGAGGCGCGGUGCCGCUGAGCCGGAGGCGCCCGGCGGCGCCGCCCCGGGAGCGGCGCCGGCGGGCGC